AUGCCUAGCGCGCUGGUUGGUCGACGCUUGUCUAUCUUGGCUCUGGGCGCCACUUUAAAAAUCUCUCCGCACGGGGGAAGGUGUGGUGGUGUGGUGGCUAUUGCUUCUGUUUUUACCACUGUGUUUGUUAUGUGGAGGGAAGGCACGAGAUCAAAAAGCAUAGGUAGUGUUUUGAUAUUAGCACUCGGCCAUUUACAGAUCCCUAUGGCAGACUCGGGGAAGUAG